GUAAUUCCCACAUGCUGGUUUGUCAUAUAGCCCCAAGUCAAGUGAACACAAAAAAGGAAAAAUGCCAUUUGAAAGAAUUUGUACAAACGAACCGGCCGGAUAUGUAACUGAAUCCUCUCUCCGGAAACCCUAGAAUUGCUGUUCUCAGUCCAGUUUUGAUUUCGUGAUGGAUAUCGACAUCUCGCGUUGGAUUUUGGAGUUUAUUCUUCGGCAACCUCUCCAAGACUACAUUCUUGACGCUCUAAUUGGUGUUCUUCCUCUUCCCAAUGACCAUGUGAGGCUCAAGAAAACCCUUAUUGUUCGAAAAAUCCAGUCCGAGAUUUCAAAUGGGUCCGUUUCGGAGAAAAUUCUUAAAUUUCUCGAGUUGAUGGAAGAAUUAUAUACUCAAGAAGGAAUUGAAGCUUCUGAAGCAAUGCAAGCCGCUUAUUGUGCGGUAGCAGUGGAUUGUACAGUGAGGUUCUUGGGUGAAAAAGUGAAGUAUUUUGAAGCAGUAAAGAGGAUAUGGAAACAGAGAAUCAAUAAAAUGGAGAAUGUAGGCGUCGUAUCAAAAGAAUUAUGGGAGUGGAGAGAUGAAAUUGAAGCAGCAUUAUGGGAAGAUAGGUUUUGUGAUAAUGUGAAAAUACGGAGUAAAAGCAUAGCAGCUGUUGAAGCAGUUAAGGUUUUUGUUGAAGAAGCUAAGGAGAGAAUUGGGCCUCCCUUUCUCCAGGUUUUGGUAGAAACUUUGAGGCGUGAUGAUGAUGAUGCAGUGAAGGCAUGUUUGGAUUGGCAAAACAAACAAGUGUCUCAGGACUUGACUUGUAGUAACCAUGAGAGAGAGGCAAACAAGGGAGAUGCAUUGCUUAGGCGCAAGCAUAUUGCUGUCAAGCGCACAAGAGGAACAACAGCUGGGAUUUGCAGAGGUGUCAAAAUUGCUGAGCCAGGAGUUGAGGCAUCAUGUGGACCGGAUGAUUUGCUGUCUACACCUAAAAUUGAUGAAGCACAGGAAGCACUUAAGUUGAGUUCUUUGGAGCUGCGUGCAGUGGUGAAGGACCCUCUCCCUGAGGCACUGGAUCUUGCUGAGACUCUGAUGUCUUUGGACAGGAAUAAUAGUGCUCAGCAACCUGCAGAAAAUGACAAUGGAAGAGCCCCUAAUCUUGUGGUUGAUAGUAAUGGAGUAGUUCGAGCUAAUGAAGAUGACCAGCACUGUUGUCAUCAUAAUGCUGCACCCAAGCCAAGCUUAAUGGCUCGAAACAACACUGCUCAUACAUUUGAGUGGAAUGAUUCAAUUGAUGACUUAAGCGAAGGAUCACCAAGAAGUGGGAGGAGGUUCACAUUACCUAGCCCUAGAAGGACAAAAGUUUCUCCCUUGAAGAAGUUUGAAUUUAAAAAAGUUACAACGAGGAGGAAAGCCAAGAGAUGGAGUACGUUGGAAGAAGACACUUUGAGAUCUGGUGUACAGAAGUAUGGUGUCGGAAAUUGGAAGCUCAUCUUUGAUACUUAUCGUGAAAUAUUCGAAGAUAGGACUCCAGUUGACUUGAAGGACAAGUGGAGAAACUUGACAUCCUAGUGACAGAUUUGAAGAUAUCUGCUAAUGUACGGACACCCUUCUUUUCUUAAGGAGGUAUGCUGUUGUAUUACUUUUUCAUAUUGUAAAUGCAAGCCGUCUGCAAGGGUCAUGCUUGAUGUGUAAUAUUGUAGAUGAACUCUGAUGUUUGACAUGUCCCUCUAGGCGAAGCUGGGCAACAUGUAUCACUGGAUAUGAUGUACAUAGAGUGGUCAUUUUUUCUAAUAAGAGAUAGAGUAGUCAUAUUUUGGGGUAA